AUGUCUUUGAUUAAAGACCCUGAUGAAAGACGUCUGGAACAGUGGGAGGAAACUGUUCAAGCACAACGAGGCUGGAAUUUUGCCAAAUUUCUUGGAUUCGGUGACCUAGGUGGACCACCAUUUUCUGCAGCUGAAGAAUAUUCUCUGCACUCUAGAUAUCUCUCUAAAGCAAAAUUCUUAAAUCUAUCUGAAAUUGCAGAGAUGAAAAUUGUGUAA